AGGAGGAGGAGAAAGAGGAAGAAAAAAAGAUCGAUCCUCUCGGCCGUGGUGGAACUGCCCGUGUGCAGGAUCGACGUGCCGUGAGCGAGCUCGCGGAGCGAGACCGCGAGUGUAGAGUGGGAGAUACGAAGGUAUAAAACCGAUCUGAUGGUCUCUUGCCAGCCAGUCCAAAGGCCAGAUGCGACGGCGGCUCUAGUCGCACGCGUGCGAGAGAGACGAUCACGAAACGGCGUGCGGAACUCAUAUAUAUAUAUAUAUCUAUAUAUAGAAAUAUACGGAUAUAUUUAGAUAUAUAAAGGAAAAAGAUUCGCACGUGAUUCGAACGCUAGGAUCAAUCCCCCAACAAUAAUUUUCUUUUGUAUUUUUCUUUCGUGAAUCCGUGCACGAUUUUCUAAAAAAAGAAAAGAAAGAAAUCGUAAAAAGGAAAAAAAGAAAAAAAGAAUCAGGAAAGGUAGACCCGAACACCAAGGAGGAACCCACCUGUUGCUAUACUACAUAGAAACGCAAGUAGAGAGAAAGGAACAGGACUCGUUCGUCCUGCUCUCAGCUCGUAUAUCCGAGGGAGAGAAAGGACGUGGUAGCAGAUAUUGGCUAUCAGCUAGUCUAAUACGAGGUCAAAGUUCCUAUAUUCUUGCGGAGGGUUCUAGACUUAGAAUUUGAUCGGUUUGCCAAAGAGAGAGAAAAAAGAGAGAGAGAGAGAGAGAGAGGGAGGAUAGUCGUCACGGGACAUGCGUUAAAUUUUUCGGGGAUAAUCGAGUGGGGUUUCUUGUGGAAUCCGUGAUAAAUUAAAGGGACAGAGAAAGAGAGAGAUAGAAAGAGAAAUAGAGAUAGAGAUAGAAAAAGAAAUAAAAGACAAGUGAAACUUGGAAGAGAGCAGCUUCUGAAUAAAACAAUUCGAUCGAUCGAAGCUAAACGAAUGAUGAAGAUUGAAGAGUCAUCGACCUUUACUAAUCACGAGCAGGAGAGUGCUCUGUCCAGUUGCUUUCACGAGGAAUCAACACCGCACGGCAUGUCAGGGAUUCAAAUAAACGUCGAAGAAGCAUCUAACGAUGGGCACAAGAAUGUUGUUAGACACAUCGAGACGACGGCGGUGGCAACGGAUAGCCCGCUUUCCUGGCACAUCCCAAGGCCGUCCUUAGGAUGUCCCAAGGCUGGACGAACCGAGAAAGAUAGCGAGAAUGGAAGCUGGGCACACCAUCACCACCACCAUCAUCAUCAUCAUCAUUUGCAUCCUGAUUCUCCAUCGAGAGGAUCGACUUCGUCUCAGGGAUCCACCGCCAGUACACACAGCGCAGCGUCGGGAACAUUGCUGCUUACAGCCGCGAAUUUGGCCAAUCUCGCUGCGAUGCAUCCACCAACGGUAACAACACCGAAACAGAUGGACACAGCAUCGGUGGCAAGCAGUACGCAUUUUACGGUCGUGAACGGCCUCGGCAGACCGACCACCGUCUACAGGAAGUCCUGGUGUGCGAGGAAUCAGCUCACCGUACUUGUCUGCACGAUGAGCUUCCUCUUCAUGGUCGGCCUCCUAGCAGGGAUCCUCUUCAUGGAAAGUGAGUGUCUUUUCGCAACUAACGUUACCUCGUUCUCGAUCAUUGUAAUUUCGAGGAGAGACGAAUUUUCUCGAGAAAUAGCAUCCGGGAAUCUCUCUGUUCUUUUUUUUCUGAUUACAGUGAGGGCUCGCGACAAGUACAAUUAGGCCGAGAUCGAGAAAUCGAGAGAAGAGAGCGAACGUGUCUUUGGUCGUCGUGAAAGCAAGCAUGCAUGCAUGCAUGCAUGCAUUCAUACAUACUUCGUCGUGGUAAGAUCGAACUUUCAAGGAGAGAAGUAGGAAAAGAAAAAGAAGAAAAAGAAAAAAGAAGAAGAAGAAGAGCAACAACAUAGAAGGAUCUUUUCGAUGAUAAUCGAGUGCGACUUGCUACGAGUCACGACGAGUUACUCUGUUAACUUCGUAUUUAUAUAAGCGCGAGUCUUGUAAAUCACGUUUUUAAUGAGUUAAGACCAUUCGCGGUAGAGAUAGAAUUUUAAGGCUGUAUUGCACCCUGUCAAAAGUGCGGUACGUGAAUUCCAGUAAUUACAUUUGUGUAAUGAGCGACCGUUUCAAGUGAGCGAGCGCGGCUGAUAGCAUAACGAGAUCCUCGCGUUAUGAACACUUGUAUUAUAAUUUAUACUGUUGACUAACGAAACCUCUAGACCGUCGUCCGAAUCCCGAUGUUUACGAGAUAUGAUCCAGAAGUAUGUAGGACAACAAAAACAUCAAUUACAACGAUCUGUUUAGAUCGUAGAUUUCUUUUUUUUUUUUACUCUUGACUUCUAAUUGUUGAUAAACACGGUUCUCGAGCGAUUUAACGUUCACUGUAAAUCGCGUUCGAUGUCCUAAUUAACUCGACGAUAAAGAUUUUCUUCGACGAUAAUAAUUUGUAGAAAUUUUUACAGCUUAAAAGUAUCGACGAAACGAGACGACGACAGAGAAUAUUAACUUUUAGGAACCGUAAUUUAAUUCUUACUAACACGAAACGCCUAAAAUCAAACCUGGAUUAUUCCGUCGUGGUGUCGUUCCAGGAUCAAUACGUUGGAAAAGAAAUGAAGGACGGUCGCGUCGAUCGUACUUCACGACUGUGAUAUUACUUGCGUAUUAAUUAAUCGUCGAUUCAACAAGAAACUGUCGAAACCUA